ACAACAUCACCACCCUCCCAAUAAACCCCAACCUUAUCCUUUUCAAACUCUAUUGAAAUUGAAAACAGUCACUAAAACCCUUUCAUCCAAACCCCCAAUUUCCCACAGAUGUUCCUCUUUCACCCUUUUCCCACCCUUUCUUUAUCCAACCCCAACCACCACAAUCCACCACACCGCCACCGUCUCCCACCACCCAUCUUCCACCGCACCACCGCCACCACCACUUUUGCCAUCAACAACAAUGGCAGCAAAUACUAUCCAAACCCAGCUGACAUGGACCCACCCGAAGCACCUGAAGAUACUAUGCAUGGUGUCUCUAAAUUCAAACAACUUGAUUUGAGAAUUUCACGUGCCAGAAAAGCUCAAGAUGCUCAGUAUCAACAAGACCAAUCUAUUUUCUUGAAAGCUAUUGAAAAUGUCGAAGAUGCCCCUGAUGAUGAUGAUGAUAAUACUAAGAAGGCUAAUGAUGAUUCUGAUGAUGGUGAUUUGUAUUCUGAAAUUGAUGAUUCUAUUGCUUUGAAAAGAAAAGAGUUCGUUAAAAAAGGGCUGUUAAAGCCUAAUCCCAAGAUUAAGAAAAUUGAGCCAAAGGAGGAGGAAAAAGAUGAAGUAGUAGAUGAAUUACAGUCACAAGAAGAAGAUGAUUUGGAGGAAAUUGAGGAACUCGAAGGACUAAAAGGAACCGGUGAGGAUUCAGAGUUGGAAAGUUCAGACAUUGAGAUAGAUGACGAUCUGGUUACCGGUGAUUCAUCAUAUAAGUCUCCAUUUGAAGCUGAAUUUGAUGCUUUUCGUAAAGGAGAAGCUAGAAUUGUCGAACCUAAAUGUAAAAUGACAUUAGCCGAGCUUUUAGACGAGAGUAAAGUCGUGCCUGUUUCAGUUUUGGGUAAUUUAGAGAUCGAGAUCACAGGGAUUCAACACGAUUCAAGAUUAGUCGAACCAGGUGACUUGUUCGUUUGUUGUGUCGGGGAAAAAACCGAUGGACAUUUAUUUUUAACCGAGGCUGAUAAAAGAGGGGCAGUUGCAGUUGUAGCUAGUAAAGAAAUAGACAUUGAAGAAACAUUAGGAUGCAAAGCGUUAGUGUUAGUUGAAGAUACGAGUUUGGUUUUAGCAACUUUAGCAGCUUCGUUUUAUCGGUACCCGUCAAAGAAUGUAGCCGUGAUCGGAAUCACAGGUACAAAUGGAAAAACGAGCACUGCGUAUUUGAUUAAAGGGAUGUAUGAGGUGAUGGGUUUAAGAACUGGCAUGAUAACAAAUGUGGCUCAUUAUGUCCAUGGUGAAAACCAAUUGGAGACAAAAAAUACAAUCCCGGAUGCUGUUUCCCGCCAAAAGUUAAUGGCCAAGAUGAUCCACAAUGGGACAGAAGCUUUAGUCAUGGAAGCUUCUUCUCACGAGCUUGCGUCGGGAAAAUGUGACGAAGUUGAUUUUGAUAUUGCAGUUUUCACGAACUUAAGCAGGGACCAUUUGGAUGUUCAUGGAAGCGAGGAAGAGUACAGGAACGCUAAACUUAAGCUCUUUUCUAAAAUGGUGGACCCCACACGGCAUCGGAAAGUUGUCAACAUUGAUGACAAACAUGCCCCUCUCUUUAUCGCCCAAGGAAAUAAAGAUGUUCCUGUUGUGACAUUUGCAAUGGAUAACAAGAAAGCAGAUGUACACCCGUUACAGUUCGACCUUUCUCUCUUUGAGACGCAAGUUUUGGUGGAUACACCUCAGGGUAUCUUGGAGAUUUCAUCUGGGUUACUUGGGAGACAAAAUAUAUAUAAUAUUCUUGCAGCUGUGGCUGUUGGGAUUGCAGUAGGUGCACCAUUGGAAGAUAUUGUUAGGGGGAUUGAAGAGGUUGAUGUAGUGCCGGGUAGAUGUGAGUUGAUUGAUGAGGAACAAACGUAUGGGGUGGUUGUUGAUUACGCAAACACCCCUGAUGGUUUAUCAAGACUUCUCGAUAAUGUUAGGGAACUCAAUCCGAAAAGAAUUAUCACAGUUAUUGGUUGUCCGGGUGAGACGGAGAGAGGGAAACGACCAGUGAUGACAAAGAUCGCAACAGACAAAAGUGACAUUACGAUGUUGACAUCCGAAAAUCCAAGAAACGAGGAUCCACUUGACAUAUUGGACGACAUGUUAGCGGGCAUAGGAUGGACUAUGCAGGAUUAUUUAAAGCAUCAAGCAGAUGAUUACCAUCCACCACUUCCAAAUGGUCAUAGAGUCUUCCUUCAUGAUAUUAGAAGGGUAGCCGUUCGUUCUGCUGUUGCCAUGGGCGAAGAGGGAGAUAUUGUUGUGGUUACUGGAAAAGGCCAUGAGACAUACGAUACAGUAGGGGAUACAACAGAGUUUUUUGAUGACAGGGAAGAAUGUCGAGAAGCAUUGCAGUAUGUUGACGAACUACAUCAAUCAGGGAUCGACACUAGUGAAUUUCCAUGGCGGUUGCCCGAAAGCUAUUGAGCUGGUUUACGAACAAAGUGUAUCGAGCCUUUCCAGAAACAACUAGUUCAAGGCUCACCAUGUGAGAAAGGGCUUACAUGUCUUCAACUCCAGGGUCUCUGUAUCUGUAGAAAGAAAAACUUGAGUUUUUUCUUACAAGAAAAUGCCAUUUACUGUGAGUGACGUGUGAUCCGUUGAAGGUACAGUUUUGCAGGAAUGAAACAAGGUGAGUUUGAAUCUUUUAUUUUGAUAAGAGAUAAAUGUGCAAGGGCUUGACUGUUAGUUAAUUAACCUAAAUGGUGCCACGUGUUGCCUUUCGGUGUACGGUACUCGUGGGUAUAUUCAUAUUUUAAGGUAGUAUUCAAAAUUUCAAAUGUAGAUGAGGAGGUUAAGAUAGUUUAUGUAGAUUUCAGUUUGAGAUUUGACAUGUUUCAAAGAGUCCGUCCUCAAGAUGUGAGCUGUAGAGGUAUUGUAUUGAGAGGUAUUAUGUAGUUCUCGUCGAAUUUGUAAGACUCGAGAUUUUUGUCAUUAACUUUUUGAUGCACAGCAAGUCACAAAAGGGCAGUCAUUAUUAUAAGGUACGAUAUAGUGGCGGUCUCAAUUUUAGAUCAGAUACACAUUUUACCAUCAAUGUAAUCGUUAUCAUUACAGUUACUUUUGUUUCUUUGGACAAAAA